GGUUUUGUGUGUGUGUGUGUGCUGCAAAAAAAAAUCUGUGAAAAUGCCAACAGUCACUUGAAACCUGAUCAGCUCUCAAACAUUCAUGAACAUGCAAACAAGGAAGAGCUCAGUAUCAAAUUUGCCUUUUCUGAAUGUUGUUUUCACCCCUACUCGUUAGGCAAAUAGAAGGGGAAAGUCUUCUGCACAAAGUGAAGUUUUGCAUGUUACAGUUUCCUUUAAAGGAAGAAAGAGACUAUUGAUUUGAAGUCUGGCACACGUUAUGCUAUUUGGGUGAGGCAAAACAUGACCUCUUCACCACCUCUACACAUACCCUCUGGGGAAUGGGAAAUUAAUAGCCAAUAAUAGUUCUUUAUUGCUGCUUUCUUGACUUGGAACCAUGUUGGGAAAUCUUCCCAACAUAAGCCUCCUGGAGCGUCAUUGGUCCCAGCGAGUAUAUAAGGAGAGCAGGACAGGGAGACAGUGAAUUGCACAGAGGAACAAGGAAGCCAUGCAUCUGGAGCUGUGUUACAGGGUUUUUGCAGUCUUGCUCUGUUUUCCCACCUGGAUGGAGGCAACUGGUGAUCCCAACAAAUGCGCAGGUGAUCGAGGAGAUCUUUUGGCCCUCUGCCAAUCCGCACCAAGAAGCUGCAAGGAGCUGCUGAGCAAGGGGGAGUUCCUGAGCGGCUGGUACACCAUCUAUCUGCCGGGCUGCUGGCCCCUGAGGGUCUUCUGUGACAUGGAUACUGAUGGAGGGGGCUGGCUGGUGUUUCAGAAGCGGUUGGAUGGGUCUGUUGAUUUCUACCGUACCUGGAAUGACUACAAGAAAGGCUUUGGGAACCAGCUAUCGGAAUUCUGGCUGGGCAACGAAAACAUUCAUCUCCUGACACGGGAGGGGGAACACCAGCUGCGUGUGGACUUGGUAGACUUUGACGACCGCAAAACCUUUGCUCAUUACCAGUCCUUCCAGCUCAGGGGAGAAGAGGAGAAGUAUCAGCUUGUCCUGGGGCAAUUCCUGAGUGGCACUGCAGGUGAGGGACUUCAAACCUGCUUUCCACACGCACUGUGGCCUGGUUCGCAUGCCACUUUAAACCAGGAGUGGGGAACUGGACCUGGUCAGAGGCAUUUAGUGCAUAUACUGGAGAUAAUGGAUCUCUGAUAUCAGAUGGUAUCA